AUGGACAUGUCCAUCAUGCAAUCGCUUCCGCAUGAAGGGUACUCUGUCCUAGCAGAGCAACCGGUGGUCGAUGACUCUCGAAACUUGUCGCUCAAGAGCCCCGUACCCAAGAACGUCGCUUUUGAGCUGCUACUGGACGAGAACUCCAAGGUUCGAGCCCGUAUUCCCAUGCGCGUUCAAAUAUACCCGCAUGAUACCACGGAUUCGAUUGUGACGACGGUCAAAAAUUUCUAUGGCAUCUACGAUGGCACCGCCAGUGGGGUGAGCUUCGAAGAUGAACAUGGGACCACCCUCAUCGCAAGGUAUGAAAAUCUGAAGAAUAACAUGACGGUUUAUGUGCGAGUCAUUCCCAUUCCAACAUAUGCGGACCACUUCUAUGGUGGGUUUUCUGUUGAGCGCAAGCGACCCAGUCUGGGCGAGCCAUUUGGAAUGGAUGCUGUAGCGCCAGUGUUGGAUCAGCCAUCGCGGCCGCCAUCUCGCCUUGCUAGAAAGCGCAGCACAUCUCCAUCUAACCGGAGUCUACGCAGCGCUUCUCAUCACAAGCAGGGCUCUCGCUGUGGGAACAAAAGCCGCGGCUCUAGCCAUGCUGGCUUCCCUGAUGACGAGAUGAUGAGCGACAGCGAGGAUAGCUAUAGUCGCAGAUCUCGGGGCGAUGCUUUCGCUAGCUCAGAAAUAAGUAUGGAAAAUAUACUACAGGACGGUCGUCGCAAACGUCCAAAGUUUGACAGCUCGGAGCUUCCACUCUUUGUCCCUCCUCAAGUCCCCCUCACUACCUCGACCUCCUCUAUCUCUCCUCAACGUCGAUCGAUCGGUCAAGAAGGUGCCGGUUCACCUUUUGCUCGUCCUACCCACCGCCCAUAUAACUACCACCAAACACUACCAUCGCCGCAAAGCUAUGGCCACAGUGAAUAUGGUGUACACUCAGGCAAAAGUACAGUCUAUGCCACACCCACAGUUCCUGAUAAUGGAAACCGUAUACCGUUCAGCAACUCAGCUCCUCGGGUGAGCGGUGCUGGCAUUUUGCCCACACCAGACCCGACCAUCGCAAGCUGCAUCUCUGAUGAGGACGUCGCAAUGCAAUUGAUACGCCUUGGUGAUGCUUCCAAUUUCUCUCAUGGUCGUACAUCUGCGUCAACGCUGGAUGAUGCCUUCAGUGGUGCUGCUGAUGCCGCCUCGUCGACUGGUGCUACCAGUGAAGGCGAGGACUUUAGCGAAGAGGAAGACGACUUGCCGGCUCGUCGCAGACUUGACUCGAGCCCAAUGCUUCCUCCUGGGGCUAUCAAGCGCCAUCAUAAGGGUCUUGAUGACAUUCUUCCCAGCGCAGACAGCAGCGAACAUAGUUCAGAUGGUCUUGAAGACGGCAUCAAGAGCGAGGUCGAAGACGACACCUUGUAUAAAGAGUUUGCUCCUAAGGCGAAGAAGCCCCGGAGCCGUCCUAUGUCUGUCAAACCUCGCAGUCAAAAGCCAGUGCAGAAGCCAAAGACCAAGAGCGCGCUCCCCGCUCCCCGCAAGCCCUCUGAUAAAUCGGCAGCGCCUAUUGCCCCUCUUAGCCCAAGCUCAUCGCGCAAGGUUUCAGGAGGGUCGGUCAACUUCCAACAUCAGCUCGGUGCUGAUGAGGAGGACCUUUCUACCAAGCCUCGCUGCCAACGGUGCCGCAAGAGCAAGAAGGGCUGCGAUCGCCAACGCCCAUGCGGCCGUUGCAAGGACGCUGGUAUCGGGAUCGAGGGCUGCCUCAGUGAAGAUGAGGGCAAUGGACGCAAGGGUCGUUAUGGGCGCCACAUGGGCGUUCCCGUCAAGAAGUCCUCUGAGUCACCUGAGCCUACUGAGUUUCCCCUAAUGCCGGGAACUCCCCUACUCGCUUCCGUCAUGGCCGAUAAGAACAAGAAGCGGAAGCGUUGA